GUCGGUGCUGCCCGUGCUCGUGGAGGAGGCGCAGCCCCAGGCACCGCUCCCGGACGGUGUCACUACACCCACGGCAAUGAUGAGCAAGGAGGAACUGAAGGAGAAGCUGGAUGCCCUUCAAUGCCAUUUCACCUGGCAUUUGAGCGUAAAGGGCCACGUCGCACCUUCCCACGUCCUGCAGAAGCUGGCUGUCGAAAUCAAACACACGGUCCACCCAAACCGGGCAGCUCUCCUGGGGCUGCAGGCGUACCUGCACCAGAUGAAGGGCCAGGACAGAGCCGCUCUGCAAAGCCUUAAAGAUGCUGAAGAGGAGCACGAGAGACCUGGCGAGGAGCCCCCGAGAGCACACGCGGCCGCGUCUGUGGUUAUCUACGGGAAUUACGCCUGGCUUCACUACCUCCAGGCCUCUUAUCGGGAGGCCGAAAGCUACCUGGAACGGAUCGAGCAGCUCUGCCCGGCUCCCUGGGACGCACGGCUGGUCCCCUACAUCCAGGCCCAGAAGGGCUGGUCCCUCCUGGCCAUCAGAGCCCGUAACGGCGAACGGGCAAGAGAGUGCUUCGAGGUGGCCUUGAUGCUUGAGCCAGAGAACAGAGAUUUCCGUGCUGGGCUCGGAACGGCUCUUUAUUUCUCCUGUUGUUACUUCUGGUAUCCUGACAUUGCAGAGACAGCCAGAAUCCAAUUGGAAAGAACCAUCCUUGAGCAGCCAAAUAACUACAGAGCCAAGAUAUAUUUAGCCAAGCUACUCGAACAAGAGGAUACAGAAAGAUCAAUUGGCUUGAUAAAAGAAAGCGCAGAGAAAAGCGCCGAUCCUGAUGUCCUCAAAGCUUCAGCUCUGUUCUGGCUGCGACAACGAUCCACAGAGAAAGCAGCUGAGGUAUUGCAGCGAGCCCUGGGGCUGGAUCCAGAUUACCACCUUCUCUACCAAACCCUGGCCAAGUGCUAUAAGCUGCAGUGGCUUAAUGCGAAGGAGGAAGACAAGAAUAAUAUAUUGGAGGCAGCUAUCAAGGACCUCGAGCAAAUUCUUCAGAAACAUCCCGACCUUGAGCUCGUGUUUGCAAAGCUGCAAUUCGCAGAGCUCUGUGGGGCGAGAGACCCAGCGCAGGAAGAGAAGAUCUACAAGGACCUGGAGAAGAGAAAGGACACUCUGAGCCCCAAAGGCCUUCAAGCCCUUUAUCUCUACUGGGGAAGGUUCUUCCUCUACCAGAAGAGAUCGCUUCACCAAGCGAAAGCAAAGUUUAUGGAUGGUUACAAAAUUCCCCUGAUGACGAGAGAGAGGAAGGAGUGUGGGCAGAGGCUGAUAAAGAUGGCACGGUACUACCCCCCUGCCGAGGCUGACACCUUCUACCGCUUCAUCGAGGAGACCGACCGCCACCUGCCCGCUGAAUUUGGUGGAACCGACCUAGACUGA